AAUGGUUCAUCAUCACUUCAUUUUACCAUCGAUGAAGAACGGUUAGCUGGGUACUGUCAGGCUUGUGGAAUUCUUACCUCCUCUUCUGACGAUGCAUCUCAGCAGGCAACUCCUUAUAGUCAAAUCCAUAACUGCAUGAGAUCUGGCAACUACCAGGACUUAGUGAAGAUAUUCCUUGAAGAUAAUCUAACCCUCGGUUUACCGGUUCAGUUCAGGCAAUCUGUGCUGAGAGAACUCUUCCAAAAAGCUCAACAAGGGAAUGAUGCUCUGGAGGAAGUUUGUUUCAAAGUCUGCGUGUGCAACACUGUCUGCGACGUAUUGCAGGGUCGAACAAUUGAUAUUCAGUUUUGUCAACUGUUCCUGAAACCCGACAAAGAGAAGAUAGACUUCCUCCUUGAGGUUUCUUCGAGAUCAAUAGACUUGGAAAACGCUUCUGAAGCGUUGAAGAGAAAAAUGGCAGCCUUUCUCAAAAACUUGUGCUUGGGUUUGGAAGAUCUUCAGCUCGUCUUCAUGAUUUCUUCCCAUGAGCUCUUCAUAAAACUGCUGAAAGACGAUGAACGGAAGCUGCUCAUCGAUCAAAUGCGGAAGCGAUCUCCUCGAAUCAACCUGUGCACAAAACCUGUGACUUCUUUUUAUGAUAUCCCAGCUUCAGCAAGUGUCAAUAUUGGCCAGCUUGAGCAUCAGCUUAUAUUGUCAGUAGAUCCUUGGAGGAUUCGCCAGAUCUUAAUUGAGUUGCAUGGCAUGACUUCAGAACGCCAAUUCUGGACAGUUUCGAAUAAGUGGGAAGUGCCAAAUGUUUACGGCAAUGUUAUUUUAGGAAUCAAAGACAAUCUGACUAGGGAUUUGGUCUACAUCCUUAUGGCGAAGGGAUUACACUGCUGUGCGAUUAAGGAUUUUGUUCAUGCAAAACAGCUUUUUGCUGCUUGUCUGGAGCUCGUGACGGAGUUUUCUCCGAAACUCCGCCAAGUCAUGCUAAAUGAAAUGCUGCUUUUGGACAUUUACACCCACGAAGCUGGAGCUGGUGCUUCUGGAGAACGUCCUCCUUCUGAUCUGAUAAGCAGAGUCCGAGGAUAUUUGGAAAUGAGAGUACCUGAUAUUCCUCUUCGACAAGUUAUAGCUGAAGAAUGUGUUGCCUUCCUGUUAAACUGGCGUGAGAAUGAGUAUUUGACCAUGCAGGUUCCAUUACCUUUGGUUCAGACGAAUCCUUAUGUGAAGCUGGGACAGUUGCUGGCUGCUACAUGCAAAGAACUUCCAGGUCCCAAAGAAAGUAGACGGACAGCGAAAGACCUUUGGGAAGUCGUGGUACAAAUCUGCAGUGUGUCCAACCAGCACAAACGAGGGAACGACGGCAGAGUGAGCUUGAUCAAACACAGGGAGUCCACCCUGGGCAUUAUGUACAGGAGUGAAUUGCUGUCCUUCAUCAAAAAGCUUCGGGAACCAUUGGUUUUAACCACAAUAUUGUCCCUGUUUGUCAAGCUGCAUAACGUUCGGGAAGAUAUCGUGAAUGACAUUGCAGCAGAGCACAUUUCCAUCUGGCCCUCGUCCAUCCCCAACCUUCAGUCAGUAGACUUUGAAGCCGUGGCUGUUACAGUAAAAGAACUAGUCAGCUAUGCAUUGACCAUCAACGCAAACAACCACUUCUGGUUAAUUAUUCAGGCAGAUAUUUAUUUUGCAACGAAUCAGUAUUCCGCAGCCCUUCACUAUUACCUACAGGCAGGAGCUGUGUGCUCGGACUUCUUCACUAAGAUGGUACCGCCGGACGUGUACACAGACCAGGUGAUAAAAAGAAUGAUCAAGUGUUGUUCUUUACUCAACUGUCACACCCAGGUAGCGAUCUUGUGCCAGUUCCUGCGAGAAGUCGACUACAAAACUGCCUUCAAGGCACUGCAGGAACAGAACAGCCAUGACGCCAUGGAUUCCUACUACGAAUACAUCUGGGACGUGACCAUCUUGGAGUACUUGACAUAUCUCCACCACAAAAGGGGUGAGACAGACAAGCGGCAGAUAGCAAUCAAAGCCAUCGGCCAGACGGAGCUGAACGCCAGCAAUCCCGAGGAAGUCCUACAGCUGGCGGCGCAGAGGAGGAAGAAGAAGUUUCUCCAGGCGAUGGCAAAACUCUACUUCUAGGCUGAUGCUGCUGUAAAUAUCUGUGCAAGUGGGGAAAGCACAUCUCUCAAGACUUUAUUUUUUAAAAUUCAUUUAAACUUUUAUACAACAUUUACAGUCUAGUAUCUUUCUUUUUAGAAAUAGAUGAAAUCUUAUUAUAAACCCCUUAUUUUUACAAGCUGU